GUUAAAAGGCUACGUAACUGCCAGAAAGUGUGUGUGGGGGCAGCUGCAGGGAAGGACGGGCUUUACCGAAAGCGGAAUCCUGCUGGCUGUGCUCUGACCUGAGAGCUCGGAAUUCCCAUCAAGUAUCGAUUCGGUACAGAUGAAUAGAUCAGGUUUCAGACGUGCCACGGACUUCGUUCUUUGCUCGACGUUUUGCGGGGUGAUAGACGUUCAAGCGAGAACUAAAUGUCAAACGGAGGAUUGAACGUCAUCCCCCUCCCCCCCAGAAGUCCCAGCAACGUUUAGCCGCGUCUGCCAUCGCUGGGGUGCUUAAAGAUAGCCUCAGAGCUAAGCAUAUGAAGAAUUCUGCUGUUUCACAGUGCCAUAUGUGGCCACUGCUUUAAGACAACUGCUGAAGAUAAAGGCCAAGCUGGUGGAUUAGAUCCUGAUCCAGACAGGUGUGCUGACAGAACUGUAUGUGAGGGAAGGAUCAGCGGGGAGCUCUGAGUGCGCGAGCGGCUGCGAUGGCUUCCAAACUCCUGCGAGCCGUCGUGUUGGGUCCCCCCGGCUCUGGCAAAGGGACCGUGUGCCAGAGAAUUGCCGAGAGCUUCGGGCUCCAGCACCUUUCCAGCGGGCACUUCUUGCGGCAGAACAUCAGGGCAAAGAGCGAAGUUGGUGUCUUGGCAAAGCAGUAUUUAGAGCGAGGCCUUUUGGUACCGGAUCAUGUCAUUACCAGUGUCAUGAUGAUGGAACUGGAGAAAAAGCAGUCUCAGCAUUGGCUACUUGACGGUUUUCCUAGGACACUGGUGCAAGCUGAAGCACUUGACAGACUCUGUGAACUGGAUCUAGUGAUCAAUUUAAACAUUCCAUUCGAGACGCUAAAAGAUCGUCUAAGCGCUCGUUGGAUUCAUCCAGCUAGUGGAAGAGUGUAUAAUAUGGAGUUCAACCCACCUCAUGUACAUGGGAUCGAUGACAUCACGGGUGAACCAUUAAUCCAACGGGAGGAUGAUAAACCUGAUGCUGUUGCUGCUAGGCUAAGAAAAUACAAAGAUGCUGCAAAGCCAGUAAUAGAAUUAUAUAAGAGCAGAGGUGUCCUACACUCAUUUUCUGGGACAGAGACCAACAAAAUCUGGCCUUAUGUUUACACUGUGGUUUCCAGCAAAAUCCGGCCUGUCAGUUCCAAAGAAGCUGAUUAACCAUCUUAUGUAGAGGAUCAAGAAUUUAAUAUGGUUGUUCAUUUUGUUUCUCUGUACCGUCUUGGUGCUGUGCCCAGUUAGAGGAUAGUACAAUGUCUAGAACAACUUCUUGGGUUUACUGGAGUUUACGGUUCUGGAAAUGCAGUUACAGCCAGCGUCAGGGUGGAAAAGAACUUUCUGUAAAAGGUGAAGUCUGCUGGAAUAAACUUUAGUUUUCAUGCUAUAAAGUAUUGCUGAUGUGAUCUGGGAACCCUAAUCAAUGAUGCAGAUUUAGAUAUACUCUUUGUCAAAAGCAACAAAGAAUCCCAUGGCACCUUGUAGACUAACAGACCUAUUGGAGCAUAAGCUUUCGUGGGCGAAUACCCACUUCGUCAGAUUCUCAAACUUCAUAUGCGUGUGACAAAGUGGGUAUUCACUCAAGAAGGCUUAUGCUGCGAUACGUCUGUUAGUCUAUAAGGUGCCACGGGACUCUUUGUCGCUUUUUACAGAUCCAGACUAACACGGCUACCCGUCUGAUAUUCUUUGUCAAGUCUCUCUAACCUGUCACGGUUCCCUCCCACCUACUCCCAAAUCCAUGUACAUAUGCAACAUACUGCUCCAUUGCUCCACAACACCCUUUUCCUUGCGAAAGCUCUGCAUAGCAACUUUUUUUAUUUUCUCUGAGAAAUAAAAACCCUAAAUGCAGGCUUUGACCCCAUGGGGAAUCAGUGAGUAACGUGGAAAAUAUUUACACUGAAAAGCUCAAAUGUGAAGACAACAUUUCCAGUAUUAAUAAACAUAGAAAAAGAAAAAAUCCUGAAGGUUAAAUAUAUAUUUGUGCUGUCCGCCAAAAAAAAAAAUGCUGCUAUAUGAUCUAGUUUUCACUAAGUGGUAUGAUAUAUGCCAACCAAUAGACCAGGAAACUGAGUAGGCCUAAGUUUGUCCGUGAGAAAUGAGUUGCAC